GACAGUGUGGCUUUUAUAACGGUUUUCUCUAGUCAAGAAUACAUCCUUAGAAACAAGCUGUAGCCUAUACUCUAAACAUAGUUCGACAAGCUUCAACCCUAAACCAUAGAACAUUACUACAGAUAAUAUCCACUCAUUUUGAAGGGAAAAUCAUGGGGAACAGCGAUUCUUCCAGCCUGUGCAAUCAUUUGUCCAUCUACGAGCUGCCUCUUGACACCAGUGGAAAGAGACGCACCUGCAGCAAUGAAAGCAACAUUGAACCCAGGAUAGUCUCCUUACCCCCUGAGAGACAGGAACUCAGCAGACAGGAACUCAGCAGAGGACUGGAUGUGACUCUACAGCCCCGACCGGUGGCGAGCAGGCAGUGCUACACCCAGGGCGGUGGGGGUGUGGGGGUUGAGAGGAGGACUUUGGCCCCCCCGGUGAGCAUCAGUCUGGAGUCGCCCCGGUUCCACCCUCAGGCCAAAGGCAAGAACAUCAGGCUGGAUGGCCAGCUGAGGCGUGCCACCAGGAAGAACAGUUUCUGCAAUGGUAUCACCUUCAGCCAGCGUCCAGUCCGGCUCUAUGAGAAGGUGCGCCUGCGUCUGUCCAGCGUGCACACCGGCUGGAGCGGCGCCCUGCGCUUCGGAUUUACCAGCCUGGAUCCUAGUGAGCUCAACUCCUCUGACAUCCCCAAGUACGCCUGCCCGGACCUGGUGACCCGGCCGGGGUACUGGGCCAAAGCUCUGCCGGAACGCUUGGCAGUCCGUGACAAUGUCCUGUCCUUCUGGGCUGACCGCCACGGCCGAGUGUUCUACAGCAUCAAUGACGGGGAGCCCAUACUAUUUCAUUGUGGCCUGAGCAUUGGAUGCCCCCUCUGGGCCAUCAUCGACAUCUACGGUCUGACCCAGGAGGUCACUCUGCUAGAUAGUACAUUUGCAGAGAGUGUUGGUUCGAGCUGUCUGUCUGCAGCACGUCUCAGUGCCUACCUCCCCCAGAGCACCCAUGACUCAGCCAAUUACAACAAUAACCAGCUGGAGAACAACCAGGCUGUCGCUGCCGCUAAGAUGGCCACCUUACAGCUCAACAACCAGCCUGUCGCCGCCAAUAAGAUGGCCACCUUACAGCUCAACAACCAGCCUGUCGCCGCCAAUAAGAUGGCCACGCUUCAGCUCAACAGCUACAGCUUAAACCCCGACCACAACUACAGCCCGUUGAUCUGCGCCACAGCCCCGUCUUCAUCCACGCCAUCGCCGUCCUCCGUCUCCUCCUCCCGGAUGGGGGUGACGAGGGGUCUCCCCUCGCUACUUGACAGCGACCUACACUUCCACCCAGUCCGCGGCCACGACGUCAUCCUGUCAGCUGACCGCUCGGCCGCCUGCAUCCACUUCCUUGAGUCUGCGAGGACGUUAGUGUUCUCUGACCGCCCCCUGCGGGUCGGGGAGACGCUGUACAUCGAGGUUGGUCAUCUCGGCCUGCCCUACUUUGGGGCGCUCCUCUUUGGCAUGACCUCGUGUGACCCGGGGUCGCUCCACGCCGGGGAACUUCCCGCCAACCCGGAAGUGCUGCUGGACAGGAAAGAGUACUGGGUGGUGUACCGUGGCUUCUCCACACCCUCCUCCGGGGACGUGCUGUCCUUCAGCCUGACCGCCAGCGGCGAGGUGCAUCAUGGGGUCAACGGGGCGGCCAGAGGGAGGCUGCUGUGUGUGGAUUCGUCUCAGACCCUCUGGGCCUUCUUCACCCUGCACGGAGCUGUCAACAGGAUCAGGAUCCUGGGUUCCCUCCAGUCCUCCCCCUCCUCCCCCCUCCCCCCCUCCCCCCACAGCAGCAGUAGUGCGGAGGACAGUGACACGGAUCUGGCCUUCAGCAUCAACAGAUCCUCCUCUGCCUCUGAGUCCUCCCUGGUGACGGCGCCCAGCUCUCCUCUCAGCCCUCCGGUCUCCCCCACCCUGUCUACUCUGGAGCUGCCCUCUGGUGGCAAGAACGGGGAGUGCACCGUCUGCUUCGACCAGGAAGUGGACACAGUCAUCUACACCUGCGGUCACAUGUGCCUGUGUAAUGACUGCGGUCUAAAGCUGAAGAGGCAGAUCAACGCCUGCUGUCCUAUCUGCCGCACACCCAUUAAAGAUGUCAUAAAGACGUACAGACCAUGAGAGCAAAGACUGGGACUUUUGUCCAGCUCCCACUGUCUAGAACAGGACUGUUCAAAUCUUACUCUGUCCGGCAAACAUACUGCUGGUUUUCUGCUAUAUUGUUUAUUCCACCAAGCUGUUGUCCCAGCUCUAAAGAAAUCCCUGAUUCGAGGGGGGAAAUAAGUUGAAUUUGAGAAAAGAUUGGACAUUAAUGUAACAGAACCAUCAAGGAGUUAAUCAGCACCUGGAGUAAAGGAGGGACAGAACCUACUGCAGCAGGCCAAUGUCUGCUUCCAUCCACCCCAGACAUCAUCUCCUACCAAGCUGGAGACUAUUACUGCAGGCAAAACCAUUAAGGACCUCAUUAAGACAUGUAUCUGAUAUAGACAGACUCCUGUCAUUCUAGACCUGACUGGAAUGGAGCCUACCGCCAUGAACACACUGGAUCAGACCUACAGCCAUGAUGAAAACACACCACAGGAGACCUACAGCCAUGAUGAAAACACACCACAGGAGACCUACAGCCACGAUGAAAACACACCACAGGAGACCUACAGCCACGAUGAAAACACACCACAGGAGACCUACAGCCACGAUGAAAACACACCACAGGAGACCUACAGCCACGAUGAAAACACACCACAGGAGACCUACAGCCACGAUGAAAACACACCACAGGAGACCUACAGCCACGAUGAAAACACACCACAGGAGACAUACAGCCACGAUGAAAACACACCACAGGAGACAUACAGCCAUGAUGAAAACACACCACAGGAGACCUACAGCCAUGAUGAAAACACACCACAGGAGACCUACAGCCAUGAUGAAAACACACCACAGGAGACCUACAGCCAUGAUGAAAACACACCACAGGAGGCCUACAGCCAUGAUGAAAACACACCACAGGAGACCUACAGCCAUGAUGAAAACACCACAGGAGACCUACAGCCAUGAUGAAAACACACCACAGGAGACCUACAGCCAUGAUGAACCAGGGAUGUCUGGAUAUACCCUGGUUUCACAGAAGCUGACAGUAACUCUGCUGAUACAUCAGUGUUGCCCUGGCUGGACUGAGGAGUGCCCAAGUGUCACCUCCAGUAUUGAAGAGAUUGGCAGGCUUCGAGGCCCGAACCAGGGCUGUCCUGAAAAGUACACACAAUUUCCAGGUUUCUAAAGAUCCUGCUUGAUGUAUUCUGGGUUUUCUGCCUCCAACGGAGGUUUAGGAAAACCAGGCAAUUGGUUGAAGGUUUACUUUAGCCUUGACCCGGAUCUGGUUUGCCUGCCUGAGACUCUACAUAAGCUCCUCCCUGAUCGUAGUGGAGUGUGGCAGGGCCGGGAGACACGUUGCUAUGAAGUAGCUUUUACGGGGAACAGGCGUAUUGCCAUGACGAAGCCUUGUCCUGUAUUUCCUCGUUUGUCCGUUUUUUUUUUUGUGUGUAUAUCAUUUUAACCCUUCAUAUGUUGGAUGGACAGUUGUGAGGGACUUGGUUAAGAUUCAUGUCAGACAUUCAUAACUCUCCCAAAUAUCUUUAAUCUUUGUGCCUUAGACAACACCUGUCAAGUCUUUAUGUCAAAGUUACAACCAAUAUGACAAUCCUAUUUGUAAAUGAAAGUGUUGUAAGCACAUUGUUGGCAGCACAGUAGAUGGUGUGGUAUGUUUAUUAAUGUCAGCUUAUAGUUCAGGGCUUUUUAAUAAGGACAGACAUGUAGUAUGUCUGCACAUGUUUCUGACAAUUUAUGAAUGGAUAAUAUUGCACAUGAAACUUGCUAUUAAAGAGUGGUCUAUACUGAGCAAAA